AUAAAAUAAAAAGGCUACAAAAACCAAAUCUCAAGUUUAACACCGAUACUCCUUUUGCAAGGUUUUCGACUAACGCAUUCAACACACACACACAUCACAAAAAUCGUAAACAGAAAAACCAUCAAUGGCGAUUGAACAUGAAGACGAACUCAAGGACGAGAAGAACCCUCGCCCCCUCGACGAAGAUGAUAUCGCCCUCCUCAAAACCUAUGGUUUGGGACCUUAUUCCACAAGCAUUAAAAAAGUGGAGAAGGAAAUUAAAGAUAUGGCGAAGAAAGUGAAUGACUUAUGUGGUAUCAAGGAGUCUGAUACUGGUUUAGCAGCACCUAGCCAGUGGGAUCUUGUUUCUGAUAAGCAAAUGAUGCAGGAAGAGCAGCCUCUUCAGGUUGCAAGAUGCACAAAAAUUAUAAACCCAAACUCUGAAGAUGCCAAAUAUGUCAUCAAUGUGAAGCAGAUUGCAAAGUUUGUUGUUGGGCUAGGAGACAAGGUUUCCCCUACCGACAUAGAGGAAGGAAUGCGUGUUGGUGUUGAUAGAAACAAAUAUCAGAUUCAGAUUCCAUUGCCUCCAAAAAUUGAUCCAAGUGUUACCAUGAUGACAGUUGAAGAGAAACCAGAUGUGACAUAUAAUGAUGUUGGUGGCUGUAAGGAGCAGAUUGAAAAGAUGCGUGAAGUUGUUGAACUCCCCAUGCUUCAUCCUGAAAAAUUUGUCAAGCUCGGAAUUGAUCCUCCAAAGGGUGUGCUUUGUUAUGGUCCACCAGGAACUGGCAAAACUCUAUUAGCCAGGGCUGUUGCUAACAGGACUGAUGCUUGUUUUAUUAGAGUCAUUGGAAGUGAACUUGUUCAGAAGUAUGUUGGUGAGGGGGCUCGGAUGGUUCGUGAACUAUUUCAGAUGGCCCGUUCAAAGAAGGCAUGCAUUGUGUUUUUUGAUGAAGUUGAUGCAAUUGGAGGUGCGCGAUUUGAUGAUGGUGUUGGUGGUGAUAACGAGGUUCAGCGUACUAUGCUUGAAAUUGUGAAUCAGCUUGAUGGGUUUGAUGCCCGAGGAAACAUCAAAGUUUUGAUGGCAACAAACAGGCCCGACACGUUGGAUCCAGCACUAUUGCGGCCUGGGCGAUUGGACCGUAAAGUUGAAUUUGGCCUUCCUGAUUUAGAGAGUAGGACACAAAUAUUCAAGAUACACACAAGAACCAUGAACUGUGAAAGAGAUAUCCGUUUUGAACUUCUAGCUCGGCUUUGCCCAAACUCCACUGGAGCUGAUAUAAGGAGUGUGUGCACUGAAGCUGGUAUGUAUGCUAUCCGUGCCCGAAGGAAGACAGUAACAGAGAAGGAUUUCCUUGAUGCAGUGAAUAAAGUCAUCAAAGGAUACCAGAAGUUCAGUGCAACUCCCAAAUAUAUGGUCUACAAUUGAGUUAUUUUUUCAGAGACCAUGAUUUGCUCGGACAAUAUUUAUUUUCAUUUGUGAAAAUUAUUCCAAGGGCAUAUGGUUCCUCAAUGAGCAGUUUGUGAAACUAGUCUGUUUGAAUGCAUAUUUCAUGAUUGACUCUUAAAAGGUCUCUGUCUGUAGCUAACGUUUUCGUAAUGUUACUUCCAAAAUUGUUCAGAGAUUUUUUCUUCUA